GCGGAAGCGAUCGGCCUUAAGGUCGACCCGAAGAAGACGGAGCUCCUGUACAUCCCCCCGCAAGGACGGGGCAGCCAGGCACGCCUCCCGGAGCGAGUCGUAAUCGCCACGGCGGCAGGACCGGUACGGCCCUCCAAAUCCAUCAAAUGGCUCGGGAUCCACCUGGACCGAAAGCUCUCCUUCGCAAACCACGUCAGGGCCCGUUCCACGGGCUCCGGCCGCAUCGCCGGACUGGCUGCACGGACGAACCAGAUCGCCCGGGGCCUCCCCGUAGGGGCCUCUAGGGUGUUCUACGCCGCCGCCACAGUCCCCAUAGCUACCUAUGGAAUUCCCGCCCUAUUCCCGGGCCUCCGCCGGCUUGGCCAACGAGGG